CUAGGCUCUAUAAGGAUAAUCCUUUAUGAGCUUUUGAUUAAAGUAUUAGUCAUCCAUCUGGGCAAACAUGGAGAGGGGGUGGGAAUGAGAUGCAUACAAUGGCUGAAAUGGUUGGCAAGGACUGGCACUACACGGAAGUAAUGAGGAUAGAAGAAAAGCUGCUUUGAAAGAUUUGUAGGAUGAAUUGAGGGACCCUCAUUGAGCUGGGAGUGGGGUCUCAAAAUUGGUUUUCAUUUCUGAGCAGCUGCUAGUAUGUCAUUGGCUUGGAAUUGGUAUGGUGAAUCUAAAACUGUGCAGUGGUUAGCUGACCUCACCCAAGUUCCAAGCCCUACUCUGCCUGAUCCUUUUUUCUUGAGCCUCAGAGCUAAAAUGCUCCUGAGCUCUUUCUCAUUGGCUGGGAAGACCAAUUGAAGUUCCCUUGCCCAUGUUAGGAGGUAUACGCCUCCUGAACUAAAGAUAGAAACAGCUGGUCCUUCCAGGCAGCUAAAAGCCUCCAGACUAAGAGGUGUUCCCCACUCGGCAGUCAGACUCCUUGAAAUAUCCUUUCCAUAAUUCUACCAGCGCCUCCAUGUCUUUACUUUGCCAUAACAAAGGCUGUGGGCAGCAUUUUGACCCCAAUACCAACUUUCCUGAUUCCUGUUGCCAUCACUCUGGGGUCCCAAUCUUCCAUGAUGCACUUAAGGGUUGGUCCUGCUGCUGGAAGCGAACUGUAGAUUUCACUGAGUUCUUAAACAUCAAGGGCUGUACUAUGGGACCACAUUGCGCUGAGAAGCUCCCUGAGGUCCCUCAACCUGAGGGCCCUGCCACAAGCAGUUCACUUCAGGAACAAAAACCUCUGAAUACGAUUCCAAAGUCAGCAGAGACCUUGCGCCGGGAGAGGCCCAAGUCAGAGUUACCUAUGAAGCUGCUGCCACUCAAUAUAUCCCAAGCCCUGGAAAUGGCACUGGAAAAGAAAGAACUACACCAGGAACCUGGGGCAGGACCUGACAGUUGUCUGCUCCAGAUGGGUUCCAGCUGCCAGAACCCAGGAUGUGAUGCUGUUUACCAAGGUUCCGAGAGCAAUGCUACUCCAUGUACCUACCACCCAGGAGCACCUCGAUUCCAUGAGGGGAUGAAAUCUUGGAGUUGUUGUGGCAUCCAGACCCUGGAUUUUGGGGCAUUCUUGGCACAGCCAGGAUGCAGAGUUGGCAGACAUGACUGGGGGAAGCAGCUGCCAGCAUCUUGCCGCCAUGAUUGGCACCAGACAGAUUCCUUAGUAGUGGUGACUGUGUAUGGCCAGAUGCCACUGCCUGCGUUCAACUGGGUGAAGGCCAGUCAAACUGAGCUUCAUGUCCACAUUGUCUUUGAUGGUAACCGUGUGUUCCAAGCACAGAUGAAGCUCUGGGGGGUCAUAAACGUGGAGCAGAGCUCUGUCUCCUUGAUGCCAUCUCGGGUUGAAAUCUCCCUGAUCAAGGCUGACCCAGGAUCCUGGGCCCAGCUGGAGCACCCCGAUGCACUAGCUGAGAAGGCUAGGGCAAGGGAUGGGUUAGAGAUGGAUGAGGAAGAAUCUGAGGAUUCAGAUGAUGAUCUGAGCUGGACAGAGGAGGAGGAAGAGGAGGAAGCCAUGGGGGAGUAGUGACAUCAGAUAGCCGAGUAUCUAGAUAGGACUGCAAUGAUUCCCUUAGGAUCUCAGAGACCAGGAUAUGGUUGGCCAUGUGGUGUCAUUGAGCAACAGGGUGCUGAAGGAGGGGAGAACAAAAGUAUCCAAACCAUGUUGCUUUUUCCCCUUAAAUAAAUCUUGUAUUCUGCAGAUUCACAUAGUGUCAUUCUCUCACCUUACUAUCUAAGAUUGUAUUCAUUUUCUUCCAGCUUCUGUGUGUGUUCACACACAUGUGAAAACAAGUACAUGCACAUUCCAUCUAUUCUUCUCUACCAUUUACUGAGUACUUACUGUGUACUCAGUUAUGUGUUAGGUGGUUUAGAGA